ACUCAGCAGAAAUCAGCAGAAAGAAAAAGAGGAUGAAUAACAAAAAUUAUUCAUCCUCUUUCUUUUCUGACUGAAUAUUUUCACAAAUUUAAGUGCAUUCAUUCUCAGUUUGGCGUCAGCCGCACUUGGAUCUCAAUUACGAGACGCAAAGUUUCACAAACAGACAAAUCAAGCAUUAUUUUUUACUUUUGUUUUCCGUUUGGAGUAAAAACCAUAAGCUUUUGCAUUUGUAAACCCACCAUCAAUCAUAAUCCUUGGAUUUCUCAUUUGUCCCAAACAAAAUUAAGGUUUGGGGCUUUUUCCAUACUCGUAAUCCCAGCUGCAGAUUCCCCUCGUCAAUUCAAGCUUAGUGAUUGUGAAAGCUCAGCAGAGGGAUUGGUGUUGUAGACGGUAGUCCCUGCAAUGUACUCGCCCGUGGCUACCUCUGCCACACCGAGGGGUGGAUUGCCUACUGACAGUGGAGACUCUUUUGUCGCAUUAGAUCAAGUUCCGCGAUGGAAUGAUGCUGAUCAGUCUUUGGGGCUUGAAACUUCAUUUUCUGGUUCACAUUUUCCAGAUCCUCUAGCGUUGCCCUUGGGAGCAGACAGUGGUGAUGGCAGUGAGUCGGUGUCAAAAUUCCCUGUUGAUAAUGAAGUCAAUUCAAAGAUAUAUUUGUGGAGGGGGAAUCCCUGGAAUCUUGAAGUGGAUGCGGUGGUAAAUUCAACAAAUGAGAAUAUGGAUGAAGCACACAGCAGCCCUGGAUUGCAUGAUGCAGCUGGACCUGAUCUUGCAGAAGAAUGUGCGACUUUGGGUGGAUGUCGAACAGGGAUGGCUAAAGUUACCAAGGCAUAUGACCUUCCUGCCAGGAAAAUUAUCCACACUGUUGGCCCAAAGUAUGCGAUUAAGUACCAUAAUGCUGCAGAGAAUGCUUUAAGUCAUUGUUAUCGUUCUUGCUUGGAGCUUCUGGUUGAAAAUGGACUUCAAAGCAUUGCUAUGGGUUGUAUUUAUACGGAGGCAAAGAACUAUCCCCGAGAACCAGCUGCACAUGUAGCUAUAAGAACUGUGCGACGAUUUCUUGAGAAGCAGAAAAACAAUGUAACAGCUGUUGUCUUUUGCACCGUGAGCACAACUGAUACUGAAAUAUAUAAAAGGUUGCUUCCUCUGUACUUUCCUCGUGAUAAACAUGAAGAGCAGGUUGCUUUAACCAAACUUCCGGCUGAUGUUGGGGAUGAAAAUGGUGAGAUAAUCAUGGCAGAGCGUAAAAUCAGAAUAAAGGCUUUGCCCAAAAGGAGUGUUUCCAGACCACCUGAAUUUGCAAUUGAUCUUCCUGUUAGUGAUGUUGGCUUGGUUAGCAGUAGGAAUUCGUCAUAUUUAGAUUCAUUUCUGGACCCUGCCUUCAUGUCCAUGAUUAAAGACCCUGAUCUAAGGCGAAUGGAGCAGUGGGAGAAAACUGCGGAAGCACAAAGAGGCUGGAAUUGUGCUAAAUUGCUAGGAUAUGGCAACCUUGGUGGACCUACUUUGUCUGCCGCUGAAGAAUAUUCUCUACACUCUCGAUACCUGUCUAAAGCAAAUUCUUUAAAUCUUUCUGAAAUUGCUGAAAUGAAAAUUGUCUAUCGUGGAGGGGUAGACAGUGAUGGCCAUCCCGUCAUGGUUGUUGUAGGGGCCCACUUUUUACUCAGGUGUCUUGAUCUGGAGCGGUUUGUGCUCCAUGUGGUAAAGGAGUUUGAGCCUUUAAUACAGAAGCCUUUUUCCAUUGUGUAUUUCCAUUCUGCUGCAUCUUUGCAGAUACAGCCAGACCUGGGUUGGAUGAGAAGAUUGCAACAAAUACUUGGUAGGAAGCACCAGCGCAACCUGCAUGCAAUAUAUGUCCUUCACCCAACUUUCGGACUAAAAGCAGCCGUAUUUGGGCUUCAGUUGUUUGUGGACAAUGUGGUUUGGAAGAAAGUGGUAUAUGUUGAUCGACUUCUGCAGCUGUUCAGAUAUGUACCUCGUGAACAGUUGACCAUUCCAGAUUUUGUGUUUCAGCAUGAUUUGGAGGUCAAUGGAGGAACGGGUCUCAUUGUGGACCCCAGAACAAAAUAUGCGUAUAACAGACCGUGAGACUCAUGUGUUUAUCAUUUAGUGGAUAAAGAAGUUCACUGCAGUUUCUUCAUUAUUUGUCUCGCCCUUGUUGUCGUUGUUAACAGGGAGAGGGCUUAUAUUAGUUUGAAAUGUUUAUGGAAGCAUUCCUUGUUUUAUGUUCUGGACUUUUGGAACGAGUUCAAGUUCCCUUGUAUGUAUAUUAUGUGAUUGACCGUGGAAGCUAAUUGGUUGGAUUUCUUGGAUUAUUUGUACAUUUCAAGGGUGAUAUAUUGAAUAAAAUUAGGCUUUGGUUCCUCAUUGCA